AUGGAAGUCCCAAUUUUUCUGAAGGCACAUAAUUUUGGAUUUCCCCUUCUUCAAGAGGAUCUCAAGUUCUUUUCCUUUAUUAGAAAAUUGUUUAUAUUGAGACUUAAGAUUUUUAUUUUCUUUUUUACCUCUUUGUUUUUAAAAAAAAGCAAGUCCAAUCUUUCUUUCUUGUCAUGUUAUGCUCUAAAACCAAUGGCUUUAACUGAAUUCAAUUAUAUUUUUCUUUGUACAUUAGUAACUACAAUUUUUGUAAAUGGCGUAUCCCCGCCUUUAAGUUUUCUUAAAGUAAGGAUUGUAAUUUUUCUUUUGAAUUUAUUAGUGCAAAACAAUUUUAUGGUAUGCCUUUUCAUAAAUUUGGUCAAAGAUAGAUGCAAUAGUGAUUUUGCUCAGAGACAUUUAUCUAAAGAAAGGGCUUUUAAAUAG